AUGUCUGCUGCCAGCUGCUUCCUGUCUGAGGAUCAGCUUCUGUGUUCCAUCUGUCUGGAUGUGUUCACUGAUCCUGUCAGCACACCCUGCGGACACAACUUCUGCAAAAACUGCAUCACUGAACUCUGGAAUACAAACAACAGGAGCCAGUGUCCCAUGUGUAAAGAACUUUUUACCACAAGACCUGAUCUGAAGGUCAACACUUUGCUCUCUUGGAUGGUGGCUCAGUUCAGAGACAAAGCUCGGCAGAGAGCGAGCAGCAGCUCAGAGCAACUAGAGUGCAAACCAGGAGAAGUCCUCUGUGAUUUCUGCACUGAAACCAAGCAGAAGGCCCUGAAGUCCUGCUUAGACUGUCUGGUCUCCUACUGUCAGACUCACCUGGAGCCUCACCUGACAGCUCCACGACUGAAAAGACAUCAGCUGAUAGACCCUGUGGAGGACCUGGAGGACAGGAUGUGUCCGAAUCACAAUAAACCUUUGGAGCUGUUCUGUAAAACCGACCAGACAUGUGUCUGCAUGCUGUGCUCUGUUUUAGACCACAAGACACACGAAUUUGUUCCUCUGAAAACAGAAUAUGAAGAAAAGAAGGCUGAGCUGGGGAAGACAGAGGCUGAAAUUCAGCAGAUGAUCCAGAAGAGACGAGAGAAGAUCCAGGAGAUCAAACACUCAGUGGACCUCAGUAACAAAAACGCAGACAGAGAGAUGGCCGAAGGUGUUCGAGUCUUCAGCGCUCUGAAGAAGUCUGUUGAGAAAGGCCAGGCUGAGCUCAUGAACUCCAUCAAAGAGAAGCAGAAAAGAACAGAGAAACAGGCCCAAGACUUCAUCAAGGAACUGGAGGGAGAAAUCUCUGAGCUGAUGAAAAGGAGCUCUCAGGUGGAGCAGCUCUCACGCUCCGAAGACCACCUCCAUCUUCUCCAGAGAGUACAGUCCAUAAACAUUUGCAACUCACCACCAACCAGAGACUUGGCAGAGAUCUAUGUCCGUCCACCUUCAUAUGAGGGGACUGUGGGAAGAGCUUUGGUCCAGCUGGAAGAGGCACUUUGUAAAGGGAUGAGGAAGUUGGUUCAAGUUGAGCUAAAGAGAGUCCAGCAGUAUGAAGUGGAUGUUACUCUGGAUCCUGAUACAGUAAAUCCCUGGCUGGUCUUGUCUGAUGAUGGGAAACAAGUAGAUCUUGGGCAUACUAAGAAAUGUCUUCCAGACAACCCGAAGAGAUUUUCUGUGCCCUGUGUUUUAGGAAAGCAGAGUUUCUCCUCAGGCAGAUUUUACUAUGAGGUUCAGGUGAAAGGAUUGACUGAGUGGGAAUUAGGAGUGGUCAGAGAGUCCAUUGACAGGAAGGGAGAGAUAGCGCUAUGUCCUACAGGUGGUAUCUGGUCUAUAUGGUUGAGAGAUGGAGAAGAGUAUGCAGCUCUGGAUGAGAAGAGAGUCCACCUCUCUCUGAGGUCUUGGCCAGAGAAGGUGGGGGUGUUUGUGGAUUAUGAGGAGGGUCUGGUCUCUUUUUAUGACGUAGAUUCUGCAGCUCUGAUCUACUCCUUUACUGACUGUUCCUUCACUGAGAAACUCUAUCCAUAUUUCAGUCCCUAUUGUGAAAUUGGUAAAAACUUGGCCCCUCUGAUCAUCUUGCCUGUCAGAGUACGAUAA